UCAAUAAAAAUUUCAUAAACAUUCAGUAUCUUAAAAAAAUAUAAUUCCAAUUAAGCCUUUGAAAUAAUGAGUUUUCCUCCAGUAUAGGUUUUGAUGGUUGCUGAAAAGCCAUCUAUAGCUAGAACAAUAGCAUAAGCUCUAUCUCAAUAAGUUCAUACUUAAAGAAGAAAUAACCAUGAAGUUCAUUUUUUCCCUUCUUACUUCUUUUAAAUGCCUUGCCUGAUUAAAGUUACUUCUGUAGUUGGUCAUAUAUUUAGCACAGAUUUUUCUCCAGAAUACAAUGGAAAUGAUGUAGAUCCUAUAAAAUUGUUUGAUGCUCCAACUAUCAAAAAAUUCUCAAGCCCAUCAUCCACUAUCAUUUAGCACUUAAAAAAUGAAGCUUAAGGAUGCAAUUUCCUCGUUUUAUGGCUCGAUAACGAUAGAGAAGGAGAAAAUAUUUGUUUUGAAGUAAUAUAAGUAUGCGAUAGUUUUUUGAACGUGUUUGAUAGGAAUUCAAAAUACAUUUUCAGAGCUAAAUUCUCUUCAAUUACUCAAGUAGAUAUAAUAAAAGCAUAUGAGUAGCUCAUCGCUGAGCCUGAUUUAAAUUAAUCUCUUGCAGUAGAUGCCAGAUAAAUUCUUGAUCUUAAGCUAGGUCUUUCUUUUAGUAAAUUUUAAACAAGAUAUCUUCAAAAUAAGUACAAUAUUUAGGGCAAGAAAAAGAUUUCUUACGGUCCUUGCCAAACACCAACAUUAGCUUUCUGUGUUGAAAGACAUGACGAAAUUGAAAAUUUUAAGCCAUAAACAUACUACACAGUUGAGGUUAAUCUAAGUGAAUAUGCAACAGCAAAAUGGUCAAAAGAACAAACUUUUGAUCAAGAAGAAGCCAAAAAAGUUCUUAGCGAAGUCCAAUAGAGCAAUUAAUUAAUGGUCAAAAGCAUUUCAACUGUAUAAGCAAUAAAAUCAAGACCUGUUGGUUUGAAUACUGUAAAUAUGCUUAGAAUAGCAUCAAAAAAAUAUGAAAUUGGACCUCACGAUGCAAUUCAUAUCGCUGAAAGUUUGUACUUACUUGGUUUUAUAACUUACCCAAGAACUGAAACCACUAAAUACCCAGGCGAAUUUGAUUUUAAAUCAGUUCUCCAUGCUAUCUCUAAUUCUAAAUUUAAUAAUAUGGCUAAUUAUGCAAAAGGUUUGCUUAGUGAACCACUCAAUAAACCUUACAAGGGUGUAGAUUCAGGUGAUCACCCACCUAUUACUCCUACUUAAAAUGCUCCACAAUCCUUAAAUCCAUAAUAAAUGAAGAUUUAUGAAUUAGUUUGUAAAAAUUUCUUGGGAUCACUCUCGUAAGAUGCUCAAAUCGAAAAUACAACUUAUAUAUUGUCUUCAGGAUAAAAUGAAUUUGAAAUGAAAAAAUCUAUAUUACUUCAUUCUGGUUACUUAGAUAUAGUACCAUGGGAGUCAGUGUGCUUAAGUAAUCCUAAAAUUGAAAAAAUUGAGGAAGGAGUUGCUAUCAAGUAUGAAUAAGCUGAAGUCUUAACGUUACUAACUUAACCUCCCAGCUAUUUGUCAGAAUCUGAUUUAAUAGGACUUAUGGAAUAAAAUGGCAUAGGAACAGAUGCUUCAAUGCCUUAGCAUAUAAACAAUAUUAUUCUCAGAAAUUACGUUUAUGUAAAUAUUAAAGAAAGAUAGCUUAUUCCCACUUAACUCGGUAUUGCUCUCAUUCAUGCAUAUAAGGAUAUUGAUAAUUAAUUAGUUGCUCCUGAGCUAAGAAGAAAUAUGGAAGAGUAAAUUUCUCAAAUAGCUAAAGGUUAGAUGACAAAAGAUGAGCUUGUCGAAACUUAAAUAAAAAUUUUUAAAUAAAAGUAUGAAAAUUUUGUUUCUCAAUCAAAUAGAUUGGACUUCCAUUUUGAUUUGAUUAAAUCAUUCCUCCAAGACUCAUCAAACGAAGAAGAAAAUGAGGAAGAAAGUCAAAAUCAUAGAAAUUGGAGUGAUAAAAGAGGAAAUCAACAUUAGCACCAAAAUUAUAAGCAUAACCAUUACCAAUAAAAUUAGCAUAGAAACCAAUAUAAAUAGAAUAAUAUUUAGAAGUAAAAAUAUCAAAACUACUAAAAUAAUAACGAUCAUGAUAAUAAUAAUAGCAACUCUUAUUAGGGAUAACAAAAAUAUUAAAGAAAAGAUGCUGCUUACAAUAGAUAAAAUAACCAAUAUAAAAAUUAAAAUAAAUACAACAAUAAUUAAAAUUACAGCAAUAAUUAAUAGUUAUAAGAAUAACAAUUCCCUAGUAUUCUUGAUUAAUUAAAUCCUGCUAAGUUAGUUGAAUAAAACGUAAGUGAUAUCUAAUAAGUAGAUGAGCAAACCAAUUAAAAUUAAAACAGCUCUUAAUAAAAAUAGGGUAAUUCAAAUACUUAACAGCAAUAAUAAUAAUAAUUAGGAAAUACAUAAAAAAAGAAAACACAACAUAAAAAAGAUUAAUAUGUUUAAAAAGAUAAAAGAUAGCAAAAUAGAGAAUAAACUUAAAAUCCUGAUUAGUAAUCGUACUUGCUUGCCAGUGAUUGCAUAGAAUAGUAGCUAACAGACAUGCUAAAUCUUAAAUAAACAAAAAAGAAAUCAAAAAAGACUCUAAAAAACGAAGAGAAUGAAUAAAAUCAUAAUAAGGAAUCCUUAUGA